AGACAGUGAAAUGUCUCCCUAACAAGUAGUGUUUCCAGGUAUCUAGUGCAUCAGGAUGACGGUAAGGGAUAUAAACGAACUCGAGGAGAUCAUCAUGCGGCGCUGGAAUGCAAUGACAUCACCGCUACAUUGUGCUGCGCUGUUCUUGGGUCCGGAGUACAGAGCAUCGCGGCCAGAAACGGAUGCAAAGGUUGCAGAUGGGUUUUGGACGUGGCUUUACUCGUGGCGCAAAGAGUCGUCGUUUGUUGAGGUCGACGCAGAGGUCUGUUGUUGGAUUGAGGGCAUUGGGGGACACAAUUGCGAAGAUGCAAGGACGCAGGCCCGACUGAUGCAGCCGGCAAGGUGGUGGAGGAAGUGGUGCAGUGACAUGCCCAUCCUCCAGAGCAAGCCGUUCGUCUGCUUGGACAAGCGUCCUCCUCCUCUUGUUGCGAGAGGAACUGGAGCUUGUUCGAACGAAUUCAUAAUCGCCAACAAGGGUUCACCGCAAUGGGAAGAGGAUGAACCGGUGGAAAAUCUCACACGGGAUGAGAUGGCCAAGGAUGCACGGAUGCGGUUGGCGGAGUGGCGUGCCCGGCUGCACAGAACAGAGUCGGUUAGUGAUGCAGGUGGUGAGGAGGCUCACGACGUGGAAGGUGGCAGUUUGGCAGAAGGUCCUGCACCCUCACGUCUCACAAGAAAGCGGGGUCGACCGCAGAAGCAGCCCGUGCAAGAGGAGGAGGAAGUAGCGCCAGAAGGGACAAGCAGCGAUGAAAGUGGUGGCGGCGCUGAUGAAAAUGAUGGCGGCAGCGACGAAAGUGAUGGCAGCGGCGAUGGUGAUGAUGGCAGCGGCGAUGGUGACGACGGGAGCGGUGGCUGCGAUGGGACUGAUGGCAGUGGCAAGGAGGACGAAGGCGAAGGCGACGAGAAAGAUGGUUGUUCGUCGGAGGAAGAGGGCGACUCCGAAUCAGAACCCCUGAGGAUUGAGGAUCUCAUAAAGCAAGGACGGAUUGCCCUUGACCUAUAUGUCGCCGAGGACUUUGAGAAGAUGGAACAAGAAAGAAAGAAGAGAAAAGAAGAAGAAAAAGGAAAGGUAGAAUUACAACUGUCUGUUGAGAUGAUGGAGGAAAAUGCCAGACAACUAGAAAACACUCUGAGGGAAGAAAGGAGAAAGAUCGUGGAGUUCCGAAGAAUGCAGAAAGCACAGGAAGAAGAAGAAUGAAUAAUAAAUGAAUUAAGACAAAGAUU